AUAAAUUUAAUGUACACGUGUGCAAGGUGAACAACAUAAGACACGAAGUGCAGGUUCUGUGCCCACGCCUGGAUUUUUCCACUGUUAGCCCAACCCAGACCCGUCUCUCGUUAAUAAAUGAGAGAGACUCGGGAUCCAGCCAACCCCAGUUACAAAGCUCACGAUGCCAGAACCGCGGCCACGCCGGUUGCACGGAUCUGUCGUAGUUGCAGCUAGGAUAGUGAGACGGCUGGCCUGACCCCGUCACCUCCUCGGAGUUGCUGGACGGAGCCGCUCUCUGCAACGCUGCACUGGCCGGAGUUGCACUGGAGGUUGCAGUCCUGCGCUGCACCGUUGCAUGUCUGCAAACUUUGCAGCGGCUUCGCUUUGCCGGCGCUGAGCCAGCGGCUGGCGCAUGCGCGGAGGUUGCCGGCGGCUCUGCGCUGCUGCUCACCAGGCGCUAGGGCUGCGCUGACCGGCCGAGCGGCCGCCCCCGGCCAGAGGCAGCGACACGUCGCCCGGGAUCCCCGAGACAAGCGGCCGCGUCCGGAGGCACCGACCAUGGGCGGCUGGCGGUGGGGGCGAGCGUUCAGCCUCGUCCUGGCGACAGGUUUUGCCUGGUGUAACCAGUCAGCUGCUGAUAUGAAUUCCACCAGCACACUGCAUGGAGAUAAGUAUUUAUGUGGAGAAAGGCAGCAGGUGAACUGCACAGAUCCUCUUACAGAAGCUCCCCUGUUAAAGCACUUCAGCAAGUGUCCAAAGAGGUUCGAGGGCUACUGCAUCCAGGGUCAAUGUCGUUUCUUGGUGUCCGAACAGCAGCCUUCCUGUAUAUGUAAAUCUGGCUAUACUGGAUCUCGGUGUGAAAUGGUGGAUAUGCUCUAUCUCAUCGGAGACCACGACCAAUUCAUCAUCAUGGGUCUGGUUCUAGCGAUGGUGGUUCUCGUAACACUGAUAAUUAUCAUCUGUAUUUGUGUACAUCGUUUUCGCAGGAAGUACAAAGGAAGAAGGAAGUGGCAGCUGUGUGUUAAAGCUGUGAGCACACAACCUGUUGAGGAGAGAAACAUACGAGGUGAAAACGAAGAUACAGCAAUGACCACUCUCGCCUGAGGUCAUACAAGGGGGUGCCUGCAGGCAGGAUGUUCUUCCAGGGAUGUGAUAUACUGCAAGAGCAUCACCAAAAUCUGGGUCCAUCUUGGCAGCCUGGCCCUAUUCAGGGUCAUGUUCAGAUUUGGAGGUAGAGAUAAAGGGAAGAAUCUGUCACUGCUCUAUUGAGAGUGGACCGAGAAUUACGUGCGGUUUUCCAUAUUUGUACUUCACUGUGAUUGGAAAUGGCAUCAUAAACUCUAGAAGGAGGUUUACACAAAAAGUUGACACUGAGAACUCAGAACUGAGUGAGCGAUUUGCCCACAAUGUUAGACACACCCUGGGUCGACCUGGAAGUCUCUCCCAGUGAACAGACCAUCUCUUGUUCUCAACAGUAGAGAAUAACAAAGGCUAAAGUAUAUGUUACUUGAAGGUUGUGAGACACAUGAGGAGAUUGAAGUAUUUAUCUUGGCUAAUUUUAGGAGAGAAAGGAUGGCUACGAUGUUUUUGCUGUAAAGAGUUUCAGACCCAGGCUCAAUAUUGCUGCUUUGAGAGCCCAUUACUCUGACCCUGCAUCGUAUGCUAAUGAAUGUGAAAUGGUUCUGGAGAGAAAAGGUUCAGAAAUUGUGCCAUUUUCAUACACUUUUUUUAAAAAAAAAAGCUUUUUAAAGAAAAAUAUACUUGUUUCUGAACACUGAUAAAUGUAUAACUGGUGUGGAAACUCUAGCCCAUGCCUACUCUACACUGGCCGGGACACUGUAUCCAAGCUGUGGCUUGUCAACAGACGGUGUUUGAAGUGUUUCCUCCGUCUCCUCACCAGCUUUGAGGUGAAGUCUGAGUGUGGAUUGAUCCAUGGAUUUUGUGGAAGUGGGA